AUGUCCGAUUCAGACGAAGAUUUGGGGAUUGCAUUGAAGGGAUUGAAGUUGUCGGCAAAACAUGUGCAGAAUAAAGCCAAAGAUAAAAACGUGAAUGAGUGUGAUAAGGUAGAUCCAGCUCCAGAAGCUAUGGAUGGGCCAGAGGAAACGAAGGAAGCUUCAGAAGGUAUGAAAUUGCCCGAAGAAGUGGUUUCUGAUGUGGAUUCAGACUCUGAUGAGGAUAGUUGGAGGAACAUGGAAGCUAUUGCUUCUUUCAAUGUUUAUAACGAUAAGGGAGAGCUCGAAUUGAAAACUUAUCAGGCGCAGGCAGCCCAAACAGCAUCAAAGGAAGCUUUAAGUGGUACUGCAGGCAGUAAUGGAACUGCAAGGAGUGUUACUUUUGGUUAUACAAAGAUUGCCGCGGAAGAGCAGGCUCAGAGGACGAGUAGGUCGAAUAGAAAGACAGAUUUUUUGUUCGAUCACAAGAGAUUGAAACGUUUGAAUGGUUCGAAUUCAUCAACGACAGGCCUAACAGAACCACAAACACCUUCUGAUACUGAGUUGCAUCAAGAUUCUUACGAUGAGUAUGAAGAAGGUGUAGAGCCUAUGAAUGAUUUAAAUGCGGAUAAUCAACUCAAUGUCACCAAGAAUUUAUUAGACGAAAUGGAGAAGUUUGCAUACGUGGCUGCCGUAAACGUGUUGGCUAAUCAGAUGUGUACAGAGCUCGCCACUACAUGUCUUUGCGUUGAUAUAAAAUCUCACAAGAAGCUUGCACAGAGACUUAAUUUUGCUCAAAAGGACUCAGCGAAUUGGAAGACGCAUGUGUUGAACAGUCUUUAUGACCAUUUGCAAUUGUCUCCAGAGGAAGUGCAGAUGAUUGAGAAACUGUCAAUGCAUGGUGUACACUUGGAAGAUUUGUGCAAAUGUUUGAAGACAACACAGGACAUUGAGAAUCCAUUCGAGGGAGUAAACGAGAGUAAGCAGAGCCUGGAAAGUGGAAAAGAAGACUCAAAGGACGCGGAGGCUGAAUCUGUAGGAAGUCACACUUCAAAGGAUAGGAGCAGCAUCGAUCUUACUACUGAGGAAGAAGAGACUAGUAAGGCUCCAAAGCAGGUUAUUGCUCCAGAGAAUUUAAAGGAACAAGGUCAAAUAAAAAUCGACGUAGCGUGGACUAUAAUCUGUGAUUUAUUCCUAGUACUACUGCAUGAUGCAGUGUAUGAUGCACGAUCAAGAACUCUUCUAAUGCGGUUUGCCAAAGUUCUCAAUAUUGAAAACUUAGAAAUUUGUGAGUUUGAAAGAAGAGUCACAGAUUCUCUCGACAUGGAGCAAUCGACUGAGAAUCAAGAAUGGAACGAGAUAGAUCACAUGAAAAGUAGACGGAAAAAGAGAAAGAGAAAGAAGCUGUGUUACGUGGGACUCGCAAUGGUAGGCGGUUCUUUAAUUCUAGGUCUGAGUGGUGGAUUGUUGGCACCUGUAAUUGGUGCCGGUAUAGCUGCAGGUUUAUCAACAAUAGGAAUAGGUGGAGCUACGGGCUUCCUGACUGGUGCGGGAGGAACAGCCGUAGUAGCGGUCGCAAGUACUGCUAUUGGUGGAAAUAUUGGUGCCAAAGGUAUGGGGCGAAGAAUGGGGAGCGUCCGAACGUUUGAGUUUCGUCCUUUGCAUAAUAACAGGCGAGUCAAUCUAAUAAUUAGUGUUUCUGGUUGGAUGAUCGGUAACGAGGAUGAUGUCCGUUUACCAUACUCUACAGUGGACCCUGUAGAGGGAGAUCUAUAUGCUUUGCAUUGGGAACCAGAAAUGCUGAAAUCCAUCGGUCAGACCAUUGGUAUUGUGGCUAAUGAGAUCUUUACUCAAGCGCUUCAACAGAUCUUAGGUGCCACGAUCCUAACUGCAUUCAUAUCGGCUAUUCAAUGGCCAAUGGGGUUAUCGAAACUUGGUUAUAUUCUAGAUAAUCCAUGGAGUGUGUCAUUGGAUAGGGCAUGGGCAGCAGGGCUCAUCUUGGCUGACACAUUAAUGUCCAGGAAUUUGGGCCAAAGGCCUAUCACACUGAUGGGCUUCUCCUUGGGCUCCAGAGUUAUUUUCUCGUGCCUUGUUGAGUUAAGUCGUAAGAAAGCCCUAGGCUUGGUCGAAAAUGUGUACAUAUUUGGUACACCUGUGGUCAAGAAGAAAGAGCAUUUGAUAAUGGCACGGUCUGCUGUUAGUGGAAGAUUCGUCAAUGCAUUCUCAGGAAGAGAUUGGAUGCUCGCAUAUUUAUUCCGAGCCGCUGCUGGAGGUUUUAACAAGGUCAUGGGGAUCGCACCCAUUGAAGGCAUAGAGAGCAUCGAGAAUUAUGACUGCACCGAUAUUGUCGACGGUCAUCUGGCAUACCGUAAGAACAUGCCUAAAUUGCUUAAGAGAUUAGGCGUAGAAGUCGUUAGCGAAGAAUUCGUGGAAAUAGAGGAAACUGUAGAUCCAGAGCAGUUACACCGCAAGAGGCAAAUGGUUCAAGAUGUAGACGCAGCUCAAAAAAAGUUGCAAGAAAAGAAGCACCACAGUGGUUGGAUGCCGAAGUGGUUGAAACCCAAGAAAUCGAAAUGGCGUACAAUGGUUGAGGAUGCAGUGGAAGAAGGAACACAGGUUGAAGUGCCGGAUGCGCCGGAUGUGUUACAUACUGAAGAGGUCAAGCCCAAGAAAAAGGACAAUGCUCUAGUCGAUAAUGGAGCAUUAAUGCGCGAACUUCAAAAGAUCAAAGCGGCAAUACGCGAGGAGCAGCUGCAACAAGAGCGAGCAAGUGCUGUUGCUGAUAACGUGGAUGCCAAAAAAACAACUCUUGGAGCCGAUACCAAUGUCCAAAAAGAAGUGUCACCGCCGAAGACACCUCUCACCACUCCUCAAAGCCCUAACAACUUCCAGCUUUUGAGUGCUGGUAGACCAAUCAUUCUUGAGGAUGACGACUUUGGCAAGCAAAAAAAGGAUUUAACCUUUUCAUUUUCAGAUGACUUCUGA